CGAGGGAGGUUCGGCUUGGUUCGGUCCACAGAGGCCCGGCAGAAUCCAGUCCGGUUCUUGACUCCUUCAUCCAGUCCGGAUCAGCACCGAGGCUCGGUAGAGGACAGAAAGGACAAAAACCAGACGGUCCGUCUGGGUCUGGCACCAGAACCAACUGCUGUCCUCAACCCGGUCCACCUCCAGAACCCCGCGGUCCGAACACGGAACCGGAGCUGGGUUCGGUUUCCCCGGAAGCAGCAGCGGCCUCCGUUCGGCUCCGAGCCCGCCCGGAGCCUCACGUGUCCCGGUUCGGCUCCCUCACAUGACCCGGCUGUUUGUCCCCGUGACCAGAACCUCCGUCCGCCCGGGACCGCCUCAUGGAGCUGCUGGAGCAGAACCUGGAGGGUUCGGGGAGGCACGAGAAAACGGAACCGGAAGAAGAGCUGCACCUGCAGGAAGGAGAAGCCGUUGUCUCAGAUGGACACUCUGCGGUCACCAUCACCAGCGUCCCUCAGGCUGCGUUCUCUGACCACGGCGUUCAGUACCAGUUCCGUACGGAAAACGCUGGAGGACAGGUGACCUAUCGGGUCGUUCAAGUGUCGGACGAUCAUCUGGAAGCAGCGGCAGACGGAACCGGCGCCGUCAGUGUCGUCUCCACGGCAGCGUUCGCCGGAGCCCCUCAGGCCGUGGCUCAGGCAGUCAUCCAGAACCCCUUCAGCAACGGGGGCAGUCCCGGUGGGGAGACCGUGGGGGGAGAAACACGCUUCGCUUACUUCCCCACCGCCGCCGUCAGCGACGGGGCGGCCGUGUCGGUGCAGACCGCCGCCGACCCGACGAUCGCGCAGGCGGGAGGUCAGUUCUACGUGAUGAUGCCCCCCGAGGUGCUGCAGACCAGCAGCCCCCGCAACAUCGCGCCGCGGAUACAGACCUGCAGCUCGAAGGUGGAGGGUCCGCGGGCCCCCCGGGACGAUAAGAGGAGAGCUCAACACAACGAAGUGGAGAGAAGACGAAGAGACAAGAUCAACAACUGGAUCGUCACGUUGUCCAAACUGAUCCCGGACUGCAGCAUCGACGCCAGAACUGGAGCGAGUAAAGGAGGCAUCCUGUCCAAAGCCUGCGACUACAUCCGAGAGCUGCGGCAGAAAAACCAGCAGCUGCAGGACGGAUCCAAGGACGCGGAGCGGGUCCAGAUGGAGAACGAGCUGCUGCGGCAACAGAUGGAGGAGCUGAAGAAUGAGAACGCGCUGCUUCAAGCCAAACUGCAGCAGCACGGCGUGGAGGUCAAUGGAGACGAAACGCCGCAGUGACCUUUGAACCCGGGCAGCACCACAGCUCCUCUUGGAUCGGUCCAGGACGGGGAACAGAUGGAGAGACGCCUGAGAGGUGGAGGACGGGAAGCAGGUCGCACCUUGUCUUCAGGUGCACCCACGUCUCUUUAAACCACCAAACUGCCACAAACGGACUCACCUUUACAGAUUCCAGCUUUUUAUCUCCGAGUUGAACGGACCUGAACCAUGGCCCCACUCGGUCUGGAUUUAUUGGAGGACCACGCAGACCUCCUGAGAUGGACCUGAACCAUGGCCCCACUCGGUCUGGAUUUAUUGGAGGACCACGCAGACCACCUGAGACUUCAGAAACCUUCAUUCUGCUGCGAGUAAACUCAGAAACUUUUCAGAAACUGAGCCGGAUAUGAAGGUUUUUAUUCUUGGCUUGAAGCCUGAGCAGUAGUCAGGGUGUUACCUGGCUCAGGUGAGUGUGAGGGGGGCGGGGUGGGGGCUGACUUCUUUCAGCACCAGGUUUAAACCGGUCCGGUGGAGCAGGACCACAGCUCUAACCUCUGGUUCUGACCCAGUAAAUGUUUGUUUCCAUGGAGCAGCGGAGACGUGGACACCAACAGGUGGUCACCAGCGUAUAGAACCAGUUCCUGUGGUUGGAUCAGAAACUUCACCAGUUUCCUUCGGCUGUUGGAUGAACCUGAAUUCUGAGCGAGGCCCUCGCUGCGACAAACACGAGUUGUCUGUGAGCAGCGAGCCGUGCGGCCGCAUGCUGGGACCGCUUUACAACAUCACAAGCAGUGUGUGCAGUGCAGCGUGCACGUGGUUCCCGACUCGUACCUGGACAGGUGGAACACGACACGUCGUUGAGCCUCAACUAAAACUAAACGUCUUUUAAAUACUUCACAUUUGAACGAGUGCAGUGAGGUCAGCAACAACAAACCCGACCCAAUAAUCUGAAGCCGUCAGUCAGGACCACGUCCCGUUGGUUCACGUGGAGGAACCAGAAACUGGUUCCGUCCUCGCGGCUUCAGCUUCCACAUCCCGGCCCGCUCUCUAGUUACGAAUGACGUCGUCUUUUUGAGACGAUGGAUCUUUGGUAAAUUCAGUUUGUGGCAGCGCAGCGAGAGGCUGGCUUCACUCGGCAGAUCAAAUCAUGAAAAGAACCGAGAGGGAUCCGGUGUCGAUGUUGGUGCCAUCAAAAAGGAAUCCAGUGAGAUCUCCAUCACUUGAAGGUUCUGCGUGUUGGACUCUGGUCCUGAACGGGUUUUAAAACGAGCUGAAGGUGAGCAACAACUCCUGUACAAAACUAGAUUGAUGCAGCUUCUGUGGGAUUACCUUGUGCUUUUAUCUCUUGAAUGAACUCUAAUCAUCUGUUUUCAUUUUGAGCCUCCGAACUGAUCAGCUGAUCUUUUAUUUACUGACACGUUUCAUGUUUGAAUAA